GCCUGCGUUUGCCAUCGAUCCUGAGCCGUGAACGGAGCCGUGGGCGAGCGGGCGGGCGAUGAGAGUGGCCAGCGGAUCCCUAGUCAGCAUUCGAGAGCAACAGGCACCUUCUCUCCUUUCGAUCCGCGCCUUUUGCCUCAGCGACGGAGCAGUCGGCCAUGAUCACAAGCCCUUCCAGGCCUCAGGGCCUAGAGCUAAAGACAGAGCCGAUCACCAAGCUGUCCGAAGUCCACAUCGCUCUCAAGGCAUUGGGGGCCAAGACGCUGGACGACUAUGCGCUGGAAGCCGUAGCGACCAGCAGGGAUCGUUUCGAAUCUGGCAACCAAGGGCAGCUUUCAGCUCCGAUGGCCAGCGACGACUAUCUCAACGACUUGGACGCCCUGGCGCUCAGCUCUCCCCGUCUGACACCAAGCAAGAGACCACGAGACGGCGAGCAAGACGCCGACGACAAUGCCGAAGAAGCAGCUCCAUUGCUCAGCACGUCAAGCACCGGUCCACUGUCCCUCCUUCCCAUCACCGUCCACUCCAAGCUAGCGAAGAAGAUGGCUUCGAGUCGCACUGGGUCAAUCCACGAAUCCUUCAAGAGGGAGCCAGGCAAGACGGCCGUCUCUACGCUCAAUGAGUUUGCCCAGCAGGCUGCACUCAGAGCGCCCGAGUACGCGCACACCUCUCAGGAAGGGUGGGUAGCCAAGAGGAGCCGAUCAGUGUGAUCGCUGACCCAGUGUCUGUUGUCUCGCCCGCCCGCUAGCCUCCGCUGCUCACCAGACCACUACGUCACGCUUCGCUUUGAGGGUCAUGCCUUCCAUGACGAGAAAGGCUCACCCAGCAUCAAGGCUGGCAGAGAGGUGUGCGCCAAGCUUUGCCUUGACUACUUCUUCCCAGAAGAGGCUUGAGCGCCGUGUCGCCCCGUUGCCAGGCUUCCCUUAUCGCUUUCUAUCAGCCAAGUCUACUUCUUCUGCUAGCUUGCUAGCUUCACAUGUUACCCCGGUCUCCUCGGCAUAAUAUCACCCUCAUUCAUCGAGCGCUUCGA